AUGCAGAGUGUCCCUGUAUUGCUUCUUGGGUUCGUUGCCAUCUACAUCAUCCAAAAGCUAGUCCGUUAUUGGAGUGCACUGCGUUCUAUCCAGAAUCUCCCAGGAUACCGUAUUCUCUUUCGCGACGUCAGUGCAGCGUCCUUCCUGGGAUCGAUUCCUGGAGUAGCACCAGGAUUCAAUGCAAACUUUCAGGAUAAACAUAGUAUAGCACUCUCAACUGCUGAUGCCGAUGUAGCCAAGGAAAUCACGUCGUCUCGAUAUCGUUUCCCCAAGCCCAUCGAUCAGUAUGAGGCCCUGUCUGUGUACGGACUCAAUAUUGUCGCAUCGGAAGGUGAUGAUUGGAAGAGAUAUAGAAAGAUUGCUGCUCCAGCAUUUUCAGACCGUAACAAUAAACUGGUCUGGGAGGAAACUGUGAAAAUUAUGGAUGGAUUAUUUGAUGAGGUCUGGAAGAAUCAAGACGUGGUUACAGUCGAUCAUUGCUUAGACAUCACUCUGCCAAUUGCUCUAUUUGUGAUUGGAGUUGCAGGUUUCGGCAAAUCUAUGACAUGGCAUGAUGAAGAUCAAGGCAUACCCGCUGGUCAUAGCCUAUCGUUCAAGGAUUCGCUCCAUACAGCGUCAGUUGAUAUUACAAUCAAAUUGCUUUUUCCAGAUAUCCUGUUGAAAUAUGGCACCCCACGUCUACGGAGGGUUAGGAAAGCGUACCAGGAGCUUGGGGUAUACAUGGCCGAGAUGGUUCAAGAGCGGACUGCUUCUGAAAAAGCAGAGCGCCACGAUCUUUUUACUAAUCUGCUGGAAGCAAACAACGAUGAUUCAGAUGGGGUUCGUCUAACCUCUGAUGAACUUAUUGGUAACAUUUUCAUUUUUCUUUUGGCUGGCCACGAGACUACUGCCCACACUCUGUGCUUUACAUUUGCUCUUCUGGCCAUGCACGAGGAUGAGCAAGAAAAAUUGUUCCAACAUAUAAAGACCACUUUGCCUGAUGGUAGAAUGCCAACAUACGACGAUAUGCCUCGUUUAACCUAUUCCAUGGCAGUCUUCUAUGAGACUCUACGUCUUUUCCCACCAGCACCUCUGGUUCCAAAAAUCAGUUCUGAGGAUACAGUUCUCACAGUAGGAAAUAUUCACGGUCAGAAACGCGUCGUUCCCGUCGCAAAAGGUACCAGGGUAAUCGUCCAUAUCCCUGGGCUCCACUACAAUCCUCGCUACUGGGAUGAUCCCGAGUCUUUCAGGCCAUCUCGUUUUUUGUCUCCGGAUUGGAAUCGCGACGCCUUCCUUCCAUUCAGCGCCGGCGCGCGUGCAUGCCUGGGAAGAAAGUUCUUCGAGACAGAAGGGAUUGCAGCUUUAACUAUGUUGGUAUCGCGCUACAAAAUCAAGGUUAAAUACGAACCAGAAUUUGCGGCAGAAUCGUUCGAACAACGUUACAACCGCAUUCUAAAGGCAUACACCAGACUUACAUUGACGCCUGAGCGGGUGCCAUUAACGUUUCUUCGCAGGUCGUAA